CCACAUAUGGGGGACCCAGCCACCCUCGACAACAAGCACCGUUUGGGCUCAAAGCACCGAAAGCAAAAUAAAAGCAGUAGAUCCGAUUUAGACCAUAACCCUCCCGUCGGGAAAUCACCGUCGAAGACAGGAGCCUCAAAAGUUCUCGCAAUACUUCUACCAGUCGGAGGAAGAGACAGAUAGAGAUAGAGAUGGGGGAGGAGAAGAGGCACCAGAUGAUGCAGAACCUGUUCGGCGAUCAGUCUGAGGAGGAAGAGGAGAUAGAUUCCGAGCACGAAUCGAAUCCCCAGCCUAAUUACGCUUCUGAUGAAGCUGAAGGAGGGCUUAGGAAUGAGGGCGAAGGCGAAGUUGAAGGUGAAGAUGAAGUAGAAGGGCACGAAGAUGUGGAAGUAGAGAGUGAAGGUGAAAUGCGUGAGGUAGAACCUGAUCCAGGAGAAAGUGAGGGUGAAAGAGAACCAAGUUCUGAAGAAGUGGAUGUUGGUGAUGAGAGGGAAGUAAGUGAAGCAAAAGAUGCUGAUAGCGAUGAGAAAGAAGAAUAUGGUCAUAGAGUGGUAGCAAGCCGGAGACGCGACAUAAUUGAAAGUGGGUCAGACAGAUCUGAGGAACAACAUUAUUCUGAUCAUGAGGACGAGGAGGUUGAUCAGGCCAGAAGCCCAAGUAAAUCACCUGAUGGAGAGAAGGAUCACAAUCACAUUUCACAGUCAGCUGCUGAGAUUCGUGAUGUAUUUGGUGACUCUGAUGACGAGGAAGAGCCAGGGUAUGCUGUUAGGCAUGAAAUUGAACAAGAUUCACAUAGAUCUCCAAUGGAAGAGGAAGGGAGCUAUGAAAAGGAUUUGAGACCAGAUGAUAUGCUGAUUGAUGAAGAUGCUCGAUAUGAGUCAGAAGAGGACAACAUUGAGGUUAAAGCUAAAGAGAAGCCAGUUGGCCCCCCAUUAGAGCUAGAGAUUCCAUUUAAACAUCCUCCGGCUGAUCCAACUAAGAUGAAUAUGAUCAAGGUUUCCAAUAUAAUGGGCAUUGACCAUGAUGAAUUUGAUCCUAAGACGUAUGUGGAAGAAAAAACGUUUGUGACGGAUGAAUCUGGAACUCCAAAACGUAUACGCUUGGAAAACAAUAUUGUAAGGUGGAGGACUGUUAGAAAACCCGAUGGCACUAGAUCUAUUGAAAGCAAUGCACGCUUUGUGAGGUGGUCAGAUGGCAGUUUACAGCUAUUAAUUGGGAAUGAAGUUCUUGAUAUAUCGGUGCAAGAUGAUCAGCACGAUCAAACACAUCUUUUUCUGAGACAUGACAAGUCACUUCUUCAAUCACAAGGAAGAAUAUUAAGGAAGAUGAGAUUUAUGCCAUCAUCAUUGUCAUCAAAUUCCCAUAGGCUGCUGACUGCUCUUGUUGACUCACGGCAUAGAAAGGUCUAUAAAGUUAAGAACUGCGUCACUGACAUUGAUCCAGAGAGAGAAAAAGAGGAAAAAGAAAGGGCUGAAAGUCAAACAAUUAGAGCAAAUGUACUUCUUAAUCGAAAGAGGGAGAAGGUUAGCCGGAAGUAUACACAAACUGUAGAGCGGAGGCGUCAGCUUUCACCUGGAUUUUUGGAGGGUGCCCUUGAUGAGGAUGAUGAACCAGAUUAUUUUGACUCUCGUCGUUCUCGCCGUCGCUUUGAGGAAGAUCUGGAAGUGGAAGCUCGAGCAGAGAAGCGCAUAAUGAAUGCUAAGAAGGGACACAAAGAUAUUGUACGUAAAUCAUCUUUGCCCACUGUUAAAUCAUCAAAGCGCCCUGUGAAUUUCUCUGACAGUGAGAGAGAAGAGUCUGAAUAUGAAAGUGAAGGGGAGGAAGAUGAGAGGUCUCCUCCUCGAAAAAGGGUCGAGGAGCCAGAGGAGGAAUAUGAAGAAGACGAAGAGGAAGAAGAACGUUAUGAAGAAGAAGCAGAAGUUGGAGCAUCAGAGGAGGAAGAGGAGGCUGAGGAGCCAAAGCAAAAGAGUAAGGAGUUUGGAGGCAGUCGCAAGCGGACAGGGAUUGAAUCAGAUGAGGAAUCCCCCCCAAGAAAGACUUCAACCCACCGGCGAAUGGCAGUUGUUUAUGAUAGUGAUGAGGACUGAAAACUUCCCGGGGUUGAAAUAUGGUAUAUAUUUUAUAUCUCCUUCCACAAUAAUUGUUUAUAAUGUUUGAUAUAUUCUUUUUUUCGGCAACGACAUUUUCAAUGUUAGUUCAUGGAUAUGUGAAAGUAGAAACAUAAAAUAUAUCAGGCAUUUGUUUCCCUAUGUAGUAGAAUGUCCUUGUCUAUCUAUUUUCUAUUGCUAAAUCUCAAUAUUUGGAUUUUAAUC